AUGCCGGUCGUCAAGGGAGGCGUCUGGACCAAUAUCGAGGACGAGGUCCUUCGCGCGGCUGUCUCCAAAUAUGGUCUCAAUCAAUGGGCCCGCGUGUCCUCCCUUCUCGCCCGCAAGACCCCCAAGCAAUGCAAGGCGCGUUGGAUCGAAUGGUUAGACCCUGGUAUUCGCAAAGUUGAAUGGUCGCGAGAGGAGGAUGAAAAGCUUCUGCAUCUCGCAAAGUUGAUGCCAACGCAAUGGCGGACAAUUGCUCCAAUCGUCGGCCGCACGGCGACACAGUGUCUCGAACGUUAUCAAAAGCUUCUGGAUGAGGCUGAAGCUCGCGAGAAUGAUGAACUUGGUCUUGGAGGGCCGGAAGGUGGUGAAGCGGCAGCUCCUAGUGCGGACGAUGUCCGUCGCCUUCGACCCGGAGAGUUGGACCCCGAUCCCGAGUCGAAACCUGCACGCCCCGAUACGAUAGACCUGGACGAAGACGAGAAGGAGAUGCUGAGUGAAGCUCGUGCCCGUCUUGCCAAUACACAGGGUAAAAAGGCCAAGCGCAAGGCUCGAGAGCGACAACUAGAGGAGUCUCGACGUCUAGCCGUUUUGCAGAAACGCCGCGAAUUGAAACAUGCCGGCAUCAAUGUCAAAGUCAAGACUCGCAAGCCUGGCGAGAUGGACUACAACGCAGAUAUUCCUUUUGAGAAGCCUGCGGCUCCUGGUUUCUAUGACACGGCCGAGGAACAGACUCGAAAUGAGCGCCAGCGAGAAAUGUUCGAUCCCCGAAAACAACAACUGGCAAAUAAGCGGAAAGGCGACCAAGACGAAGACGCCGAGCGCAAGAAGCGCAAGAAUGACAAAAACAGCAAUUCUGCCGCUUUCGCUGCGGCGGCACGCGCUGGCCAGAUGCAGAAAAUCCGCGAGGCAGAGCAGAGCAGUAAGCGGAGGGGUUUGGUUCUCCCUGCGCCACAGGUCAGCGAGGGAGAGAUGGAGGACAUCAUCAAGAUGGGCAUGGCUGGAGACAAGGCCAGCCGUAUGAGCGGAGAUGAGGAGACCACUCGGGGUCUGAUUGGAAAUUAUGGCGCCAUCGUUGGCGGGACACCAAUUCGCACACCUCGCGCCGCUCCAGAAGAAGAUCAUAUUGCGAACGAGAUCAAGAACAUUCGAGCUCUUACGGAAACACAGUCAUCGUUGCUCGGAGGAGAAAACACACCCCUGCACGAGGGACGGUCUUCAACAGGAUUUGAGGGCAUUGCACCUCGACGGCAAGACAUUGUCACGCCCAACCCUAUGGCUACACCGUUCCGUCAGGCCAACGGCGUUGGAGCCACCCCUAUGCACGGAGGGGUUAGACCCGGAGCUACACCUCUGCGAACGCCACGAGAUCAUUUCUCGCUGAACCGGGAAGGAGAAGGAGGUCAAAUCACCGGAAGCACGCCAAGAGAAAUUAAGAUGCACGAGAACUUCACGCGACAGUCGAUCCGCAGCAAGUUAGCUUCCCUGCCGAAACCCAAGGAGACCGAGUGGGAGCUUGAAGAGCUCCCAUCCGAAACCGCCGAGCCCUCUGCGGACGUGGAGAUGACUGAAGAGGAUGCCGCUGAGCGAGAUCGUCGAGAACAGGAGGCCCAAGAAUCGGCUGCCAAGGCAGAGUUCAAGCGUCAGUCGCAAGUUUACCAGCGCGGGCUCCCUCGGCCUGUCGUGCUUGACCUGGAGGCGUUGAUGCAAACUGCUUCCCAUGUUGAGGACCCCAUCGAAGCACUUAUUUCUCAGGAAGCAGCGACAAUGAUUGCACACGACUCGCGCAAGCAUCCUGUUCCCGGAGCCAAGAUCGAAGGCAAAGCACCAAAGCUACAGCGUCUCGAUGACCAAUUUCUGGAAGCUGCCCGGGCUGCCUUGGCGGCGGAGAUCGCUGCUGAUGAAGUUCAACAGCAGCAAAGAGAAUGGCAAGAAAAAUUCGACGAUGUGUGGUCGAGUAAUCGGGCUCAAGCUCUGCCCGGUCUUGACCUAUAUGACGACGAGGAAAGCGAAGAGAACGCGUUCCAGGAAGAGCAGCGUAUGAUUGCAGCAUUCGACGGCGUUCAAGCAUCGCUACUAGCUACUGCGGAGAAGGGUAACAAGCUGGAAAAGAAGCUGGCACUGCAUUACGGCGGUUAUCAGAACCGUGCCAAAACCCUUCGGACCAAAAUCUUAGAGGCGGGCACUGCUCUUCCAAGGGCGCAGGAUGAGCUUGACGCUUUCCGGACGCUCCAGAUCUCAGAGGAAGCUGCCAUCACUCGGCGACUGGAGCGUCUGAGGGAAGCAGUAUCAUUCAUCAUGCGUCGGGAGCGUGAAGCUCAAGAACUUUACAAGAGCCGUAAGGAUGAGCUAGACGAGCUCAUUGCCGGAACUGCCAAGAUCAACGGCUGGCAUUGA